AUGAUGCGGCAUCAACUAUUCAGGAGCGCUGCCCACGCUUCGGCUCUCUCCGCGGGGCGAACUGGCCUUGCUGCUCCUGCGUGGCAGCAGGCUGUGCGCCAGUACAGCAUUGCUCCGGCUGCUUCAGAGACGAAACUGGCCGAUAUUGACCCGUCCCAGCUCGUCAUCGAGCGGACAACUAACCCCAAGCCGCUCAAAGCUGCCAAGGACCUCAUCUUUGGCCGCAACUUCACCGACCAUAUGCUCAUGAUCGAGUGGCAGAACACCACGGGCUGGCAAGCGCCGCGCAUCGUGCCUUACCAGAACCUGUCCCUCGACCCGGCCACCUGCGUUUUCCACUACGCCUUCGAGUGCUUCGAGGGCAUGAAGGCCUACAAGGACAAGGCCGGCAACAUCCGGUUGUUUCGCCCAGACAAGAACAUGGAGCGCUUCAACAAGUCCGCCGCGCGCAUAGCCCUGCCCAACUUCAACGGCAGCGCCCUGAUCGAGCUGAUAGCCAAGUUCACCAAGCUGGAGAGCCGCUUCAUUCCCGAAGAGCGCGGCUACUCUCUGUACCUGCGUCCGACGCUGAUCGGCACGCAGAAGACACUGGGCGUCGGCCCGCCGGGCUCGGCCCUCCUCUUCGUCAUCGCCUCGCCCGUCGGCCCGUACUACCCGACGGGUUUCAAGGCUGUCUCGCUCGAGGCGACCGACUACGCCGUGCGCGCCUGGCCCGGCGGCGUCGGCGAUAAGAAGCUGGGCGCCAACUACGCGCCGUGCGUGGUGCCGCAGCGCGAGGCCAUGGGCCGCGGCUUCCAGCAGAACUUGUGGUUGUUCGGCGAGCAGGAGUAUGUGACGGAGGUGGGCACUAUGAACUUCUUUGUGGCGCUGCGCAACAAGGAGACGGGCCAGAAGGAGCUCAUCACGGCGCCGCUGGACGGCACCAUCCUGGAGGGCGUCACCCGCGACUCGGUCUUGUCGCUGGCCCGCGAGCGUCUUGUUCCUCAGGGCUGGAACGUCGUGGAGCGCAAGUACACCAUGAAGGAACUCGACGAGGCUGCCAACGAGGGUCGUCUCAUUGAGGCCUUCGGCUCGGGCACGGCUGCCAUUGUCAGCCCUGUCCGCCACAUCAGCUGGAAGGGCAAGCUGAUCAACUGCGGUUUGAAGGACCAUGAGGAGUCGGGCGAGAUCGCUGCCAAGAUGAAGGAGUGGAUCGAGGCCCGGCAGUAUGGUGAUGAUGAGCACGAGUGGAGCUACAUUUGCUAG